AUGAAUCUCAGGGUUGUCGUCGUCGCCCUUUGGGGGCUUGUGGCGUGCGGUUCAUGUAAACCGGUGACACACAACAUCACUCUGCCGCUCUGCGACUCUCCAGAGGCUGAAGCUGCCGCUCAGGUGGCUUUGGAUUUCAUCAACGCGCAGCACACACAUGGCUACAAAUAUGCCCUGAACCAAAUCGAGGACAUCAAGGUCAUUAAUAAGGUUGACGGAACACACACCUAUCUGUUGGAGCUGGAGUUCCUCGAGACUAAGUGCCACGUCCACAACCCAAAAUCUGUGCCUCACUGUGAUGUUAGACCCAAGAUCGAAACGGCAGUUGAAGCGGACUGCGAUGUAGCGCUCUCUGAAGCUGACGGGCACUUUUCUGUCAUAGCAUUCAAGUGCAAGAGUGAAUUAGAAUCAUUUGGCCCUUGUCCAGGCUGCCCUUUUCUGCAGCCACUGAACAACACGGCCGGCAAUGAGCUGGUCCACACCUCACUGAGGCACUUCAACAAAAACCACACCCUCAAUGCUUUCAUUCUUCUCGAGGUUGGGCGGCUGUCAUCUCAGGUGGUGUCCGGUGGGCCCUUAUUUAGAGCUGAAUACGCCAUUAUCGAAACCAACUGCACAAGUGUGGACGAUGAGAACUGCAUCCCUCUGAACCAUGCGGUUGCUCACCAUGGAUUCUGUCAUUCUCAAGGCCAUGGACUUCAUGUGAAAGUUGACUGCGAAAUCUUUCCACCACACAAUGCGACACUUCCUGCUCUACCAGCCGGGCCAGCAUCCCCAUCCAUCACCCAGGGCUUCCAGCACCACAAACUCACAACCCUGCAUGACCCUCAUGCCACCGGCCUCUUAUCUGUAGAGUCUGAAUCAGCUGAGAAAGCACCAAUCGUCAAAAGGACAGUGGUAGAGCCUCCAACAAGUGGGGUAUUAGGUGCUGAACCACUAUUUCUGGUUCCGAGGUGCCCAGGGAAAAUCAGACACUUUUGAGUCUACUCUUUAAAUGUGCCCUUGAUACAUUUAUGUAGUGGGCAUUAGGUUUUCCAUGGGCACAAAA